GUAGAUUGGCACUAUUUGAUUCUUAAAAGAACUAUGUAGGAUCUGAAGAUAUGACAAUAGCAGGGGAUCCUUGAUUCCUGGAGCUGUACUCUAUUGGAAAACAACUCUUUUCCAAUGAUCUGUUGGAGGUGCUGUCAUUAGAUCAGCAAGCUUCUGCAGAAGCUUGAUAUGAUGCAAGCUUAAUAAAGACUCCAAUAAUCUUAACUAGCAAAAGAUUCAGAGAUGGACUUCCAAUUGGUAGACCAUAUAUCUAGAGCAAGCCAUGAAGAAGAGCUGAGAAAGAAGAGGACACAGUCACAACAACAGAUGAAUGGUGUCCAUAGCACAAGUGCUGCAUACAGGCACAAAGCUUACCUCAAACAGAACAGGGUGAUGGUAAUGGACAAUGCUACUGGGUGCUAAUGUUCAACAGAGACAUGAGAUGAAGAGACAAUGAUGGUUUGGACCCAUAUUAUGGAGACGCUGCUUCCCUCCAUCACAUCCAGUCUGUCUAUAUGGAGUAGAUGAGGUAGCCUGCCUACUAAAGAUUGGUUGGAUGUCAGAAUCUUCACAAUCUUUAGCCAAAGCAUAAGAACUCUAUGGCAGGCAAACAGCAACCUGACAUGCCUCAAGCACACCUCCUAAUUCUGAGCACAGUGACUCCUGUUCAAUCAAUGAAACCUUAUUCUGUGAAACCAACAUACUACAAAUCCCAGGCUGCAGCAUCCCAUCAUUAAUCACCAGCAUCAUAUUUAAUCAGCAGUAACCAUCAUUCCUGAUGUAACUUUGCUUCUUGGACAAAGUGAUAUGGAGUCCUGGGGAUUAGGAGGCCAACCCUACCUACUAUUCAUCAACAAGGAGAUUUUAAUUGGCUGUGGUUGGUUCCAUGCCAGUAGCCAACCCCAACCAAGUGAAACUGAAACAUGAAGAAGAUUUUGAGCUCUCAAACAUGGUUGGUGUACGAUCCUUCAACCCCACCAACCAGCUCAGCACGAUCCGUUGGCACGCAAGAACCAUCACCUCCAUCAUCUCUGGUUGCUCAGGCUGCUCAUCAGAUUCCUCAGCUGUCAAAGAUGGUUGCAGAGACCAGGGAGAUGUUUGAACUCAGCGUGAGGCAAGGGGAAGUAACGCUUGUUCCCCCAGCGGAAGAGACGCAGAAGGGCCUCUACUUCCUCACCAACCUCGACCAGAACAUUGCAGUCAUAGUGCAGACCAUAUACUGCUUCAGGUCGGAGGAGAAGGGGAAUGAGAAGGCUGGGGAGGUGAUAAAGGAGGCUUUGGCGAAGGUCCUCGUUCAUUACUACCCGCUCGCCGGCCGGCUUACGAUCAGCAACGAGGGGAAGCUCAUCGUGGAUUGCACCGGAGAAGGUGCGGUGUUCGUCGAGGCCGAAGCAGACUGUGAGAUGGCGGACAUCGGUGACAUCGCCAAGCCCGACCCCAACACACUUGGGAAGCUCGUUUACAACGUUCCUGGUGCCAAGAACAUACUGGAGAUACCUCCACUGGCGGCUCAGGUCACAAGGUUUAGAUGCGGGGGAUUCAUCCUUGGGUUGGCCAUGAACCAUUGCAUGUUCGACGGCCUCGGAGCAAUGGAGUUCGUCAACUCGUGGGGCGAAACGGCGCGAGGGCAGCCGGUGUCGGUGCCGCCCUUCAUCGACCGCACCAUCCUCAAGCCACGAGAACCCCCCGUCAUCAGUUUCCCCCACCACGAGUUCGCUGAGAUCGAAGACGUCUCUGACGUCGUGACCGUGUACCAGGAAGAGAUGCUGUACAGAUCCUUCUGCUUCGACCCCGAGAAGCUCGGGCGCGUCAAGAGGAGUGCCAUGGACGACGGGGCCCUGGACAAGUGCACCACUUUCGAGGCGCUCUCCGGACUGGUCUGGCGAGCCCGGACGGAGGCGCUGCUGCUGCAGCCCGGCCAGCAGACCAAGCUCUUGUUCGCGGUCGACGGGCGGUCGCGAUUCGACCCUCCGCUGCCGGAGGGGUACUUCGGCAACGGCAUCGUACUCACCAAUUCCCUGUGCACCGCGGGAGAGCUUCUGGCUCGCCCGCUCUCCUUCGCCGUCGGACUGGUCCAGGACGCAGUCAAGAUGGUCACCGACGAGUACAUGAGAUCCGCCAUGGACUACUUCGAGGCGACGAGGGCGAGGCCUUCUCUGACUGCUACUCUACUGAUCACGACAUGGUCAAGACUGUCCUUCCACACCACGGACUUCGGGUGGGGGGAGCCGGUUCAGUCCGGGCCGGUGACUCUCCCUCAGAAGGAGGUCAUCCUGUUCCUGUCGCAUGGGAAGGAGAGGAAGAGCAUCAAUGUGCUCCUGGGGCUCCCAAACUCAGCAAUGGCGAGGUUCCAAGAGCUGAUGGAGAUAUAGGAAGUCAUGGAGGACGGGUCUUCGACGUUCAUGGAUGUCUGUUUCCGUAGUAGCUAUACGUUUAUGCAUUCAUAAUUGUUUCAUCAUUGUGUCAGAUGUGCUAUUGUGGGAAAAACUAUAAUAAGAUGGCGAAUUAUUAUUCUUAUUCUA